UUUUUGCUACCACAAACUGCACAUUUAAUUAAUCUCGCAGUGCGAUGAAUUGGUGUGGGGUGAUUUUAUGUUUUGGUGUAUUGGGCGUUUGUGGCAGCGCUGCACAUCAGCAACCGAAUGCAACGUUAAUCGAAGGCGAAAAUUUCCCGGAAGUAUCGCACACGCCACAGCGUAGUGGAAGAUUUUUUCCCUUCUACACGAUUGGCCGUAUUGCAAACGUUCCGUGUACGUCACCUUCGGGCCUUUCCGGUACUUGUUUGAUUGCGGGCGAAUGCAAAGACAACGGUGGUUUGGCGUCUGGUUCGUGCAGUACCCGUACCAACCAGGCCGUAUGCUGUGUGUAUACAAAAUCCUGUGGGGGAUCAACAAACCUUAACAGUACGUACUUUACAAACAAUGGCUACCCGGGACCAUACAAUGGAGGUGGAACUUGCGCCUUCACAAUCACACCUUCCAGUGGGAUCUGUCAGUUGCGUAUCGACUUCCGUUCACUGACACUAGAGCAACCGACCGGUGAUGGGUCGUGCAAUACCGAUCGUUUAACGAUCGUCGGUGCAAGUCCCUCGGUUGUACCGAUUUGUGGUGAAAACACAGGCCAACAUCUGUACGUAAACUUUGUUGGAAGUGGUCCUAUUUCGCUGCGAAUCGCCACCAACGGGGACGUCUCGUUCAAUCGGCUCUGGAACAUAGAAUUGUCACAGAUUGCGUGUGCCAGUGCGGAACGUGCGCCGGCUGGAUGUUUACAGUAUUACACGGAAACGACCGGUGAGAUCAGCAGCCUUAACUAUGGACUCGGGGAAAAUCCGGCGUUGAAUACGGUCAGUGCACGAGGAAGUCGGCAGCUGGCCAACACGAACUACGGCAUUUGUAUACGUACUGCAGCGGCACGAUGCUCCAUCACAUACUCGCUGCCUCCAAACGAUCGGUACGCCUUUACGCUGUCCGGUGAUGCCAUUGCCGUCGAUCCGGCCCUGCUGGGUAUGGCUAUGUUGAGCAUGUCCGGUGCAGCCUGCCAGACAGAUUUCGUUGUCAUACCGAAUCCGAGCGGUUUAACUACGGAUCGUUUCUGUGGUCUUGGGUUUCCCGGUGUGACGACUAGUGCACGUCCAUUCGUCGUGUAUACGGUGACCAAUGGCAACGAAACACCGGACGUGGCAAAUCGAGGCUUUCGAUUGCUUUACUCCCAGAAUGCUUGUGCUGCAGUGUAACGAAAAGUGUGCUAAAUGGAUGAUGACCAUGUAAUACGGUUGAUUGGAAAAUUAAAGCAUGAAUGCAAACUGUGCUAUGUUGACUGAUGGCAAAGAAUAUUGUUUUGUAGAUAGUUAUUAGAUUAAUUAUUAAUUAUUAACUUAUUGCAGAGAAAAAGAAAGCUGCACAUUCCGUUGAUACUGAAAUAAAACAUAAGCUUUGGUUUAAUAAAGGAAACAAAACAAUU